GGAUCGUGUGUUUUGAUCCACGCACACCCAGCCAUCAGAUCCGAAACCUUCUCCUAGACGUCAAUUGCGAACCGCCUCUCGCGCGCACCAGGCGCCUAUAAAUACUCACGAAUCCACGAUUCAAUCCCUCGCCUUCGGUUUCGAGUUCCACUUCCACCACCCAAAUCCGCAGCAGUUCCAAGUCGACGAGUCGAGAUGGCGCGCACGAAGCAAACCGCCCGCAAGUCCACCGGCGGCAAGGCGCCCCGGAAGCAGCUCGCCACCUCCAUUGCGAGGAAGUCUGCCCCGACGACCGGCGGCGUGAAGAAGCCGCACCGCUACAGGCCCGGCACCGUCGCGCUCCGGGAGAUCCGCAAGUACCAGAAGAGCACGGACUUGCUCAUCCGCAAGCUUCCGUUCCAGCGCCUGGUGCGGGAGAUCGCGCAGGACUUCAAGACGGACCUCCGCUUCCAGAGCCACGCCGUGCUCGCGCUCCAGGAGGCCGCCGAGGCGUACCUCGUCGGACUCUUCGAGGACACCAACCUGUGCGCCAUCCACGCCAAGCGCGUCACCAUCAUGCCCAAGGACAUCCAGCUCGCCCGCCGCAUCCGCGGAGAACGCGCCUAAUUAAGCAAGCCCUAGCAUGCAUGGUCCGAGAUCAACGACGCGCCUUAAUCUAGUUGAUUGAUCCGCCUCCUGUUUUAGUUCGUGUUUCCUAAUUAGGUCGUGUGUGAUAUAGUAGGAAAGUUCGCUUUCGUUGUGAAAUUCUCGUGAUGUAGUUACAGACUUAUCUGCUGUUUGAUCCUUUUGUUUAACCUUCAAUUGAAGGUUAAUAUUAUGGAUAUUUGCUACAGAAUAA